AUGGAACUCCCUCAUAUCGACAAUGUCAUUCUAAGCCCAACUUAUUCUUCGAACAGCACUUUUCUCUCAAAUAUGACUUGUGCACAAUGUCUGUGCAUUUCAUCAUUAUCUUAUCCAGCAUUAAAUUGCUUUCCCAGUAAUGCUUGUCAAUUAUUUUACACUUUUCCAUCAACUUACCGGAUUGAAUAUGUGCAAAAUGCGCGUCUUUAUUUUCCCCAACAAAGAUUUCCUAAUGCUUCUCAAUGUUGUAUGCCUGACAUUUAUUCUUUGUUGAGUAAACUCAAUGCAUCCCAAGCUGUAUUAGCGAAUGUAUCAAAUCCUCGUGAUGCUAUUAUUGAUAAUAACAGUUAUUUAGUUACAGUCGAAGAAUCGACGAACUAUUUCAUACGUUUUAAUUCAAAAAAUCUAACCCGAAUUACAUACAGAUCAUUCUUGAAUCCAGUACAGACGACUGUGGUGUUAUUCAACAAUGUUUAUUAUACUGCAAAUAUCGCUGGAAUAAUCAUGGCCAUUGAUAGUCAAACAUUAUCAAUACUAUCAAAUAUUUCCACAGGUGUAUCUGGCAUUCGUGGAAUGAUAUUUUUAAACGAUGGUGAAACAAUGGUUGUAACAGCUUGUGAAAGUAACAAAGUUGUAUUUUUGAAUCGGACAAGUAUUUCUCCAAUCUCUUACAAUAUUUCUUUUUCAAAAAACGCCGCCUUCAAAUGUCCACAUGGGAUAUGGCGAGUGAAUGAUUCGGUUUUUUAUGUCACAUCCAACACGAACAAUUCACUUCACUUAUUUCGAAGGAAUGGUUCGCACAAAGAAUGGGAUGAAACAUUUGUUUUGAAAAUGUCCGCUGUGUUUGGUAAUAGUGCACGUCUGACAAUUGACGAAUGCAAUCGAUUUUGGUUUACAUUCGAAACAGAUACAAUUUUAAUUUACCAUCAGAAUGGAACUAAACUGGCGAGUUGGACAAUACCUAGUUCAGCUAUUUUCGAUAUUAAAAUUAUGAGCAAUUAUCUGAUGUUCAUUACGGAAUCGAACACUGGUCGAGCUAGGCGUAUCCAACCGAAUAUUCAAUGUUAA